AUGAAGCUUUCCCACGCCGCCAUUAUCGCCGCUGCUGCCGGCACUGCGAUCGCAGCUCCAGCUGUCACUGUUACCCAGCACGUGCACAAACAAGAAACCGCAUACGUCGAGGGCAUCGUCGGCGUGCAAGACGGGUCCACUUACACCUCAUAUGUGACCUCUCUUGCAUACGCAACGUCUGCCAGUGUCGACCCUGUUCCUUCUGGUUCUGGUUCCGCGUCCGGGUCUGUUGUCACCGUCACUGCAACCUACGGCAGCGCUCAACCCUCCUCGUCAGCUUCGCCAGGUUCUUCGGCAAGCUCGAGUGCGUCUAUUUUGCUCCAGCAGGUCGAGGACAUAGCCUCUGUCGCAUCUCCCAGUGCCUCUAGCACUCCGUUGACCACGUUGUCACCUUCGACGUCUUUGGCUGCCGAAUCCACUUCCGCUCCAGCAACAACCUCGACUCCAUCGACCACCGCUACUCCUUUCAGUUCUCCCACACCAUCUAGCACCGCAAGCAGCUCUAGCCCUAGCUCCAGUUCGCCCAGCUCAGACUUCCAGAACAGCAUUUUGAACGAACACAACUCCAAGAGAGCCCUGCAUAAGGACACUCCUUCUUUGAGCUGGUCAGACACUCUGGCGUCGUACGCUCAAAACUACGCUGACAACUACGACUGUUCUGGUACUUUGACCCAUUCUGGCGGUCCAUACGGUGAAAACCUCGCUUUGGGUUACUCUGCUACCGGAACCGUAGACGCUUGGUACGGCGAAAUUAGCAGCUACGACUGGUCGAAUCCAGGUUUCUCUUCCUCCACUGGUCAUUUCACGCAGGUCGUUUGGAAAUCAACAACCCAGGUUGGAUGUGGAAUCAAAUCCUGCAACAAUGAAUGGGGUAACUACGUCGUAUGCUCCUACCAAAGUGCCGGAAACUUCAUCGGCGAAUUCCCACAAAAUGUCGAACCUCUCGCAUAA